AUGUCAAUUGUGGCCGAUCAGGUCCGCCGUUUGGAUGCGCGCGUUGACCGGGUCUCUCUCGUGCCUUUGACACAUGUGCAAGACCGUGAUGGCGAGUUGCAAGCCACUGACGCCUCCGCACUCGCUUCUCCUCGCCUCAACGAACUCCUGGCCAUCACCAAGGCCUUGUCGUCUGGUUCCAUUUCGGGGGCUCACCUGUCAUCGUCGCGGAUCCAGAGGUUGCUCCUCCAAUCCGGCCUGACCGAAGAGCUACCCUCGCUCGAGCUUCUCGAGGCGAAGAGCCAGUAUGAGACCGACGUCGAGUGGCUCCUGGUGAGUAAGGCUACUGUGCAGACAUAUGGCCUCCUGAUGAGCACCCUGCUCGACCAGAUUAUCCCGUUGAGCGAUGACAUCUGGUACUGGGACGAGGUGAUGACCUCUUACCCAUACAGCUUCGUCUAUGCCGUGCAGACAUCGCCGUUGCGCAUGUGGAGAUGGUCAAGGGAAGUGUAUUCCGACAGCGUGCAUCGCUUCCAGCGCCUGUACCGAGACGAGUUCCCUGGCCACGCAUCCGAAGCAGAGGACAUGUCUUUGGCGCAAGAGGACGGGAGUGACGCCACCCGCGAACUCAAAGGGUUCAAGACAAUAUACCCUUCGCUGUCCAGACACUGGUUUCAGUUCUAUGGAAUUGUUAGGCAGAGUGUCACGGAGCGGUCCAUCGCUGAUAUCCAGCGCAAGAUCCUCUCUCGAGUGGACAUCGGCCGAUCAGAAGCCCGCUCCAAGCAAAAGCGGCUGCGCAGACUCCGGGAAAUGACAGCCACUGGACUGGGCGUGCUUAUGGACGAGGGGCUCAACUUUGGCGUCACCGAGGAGACUAGCAACGAAGAGUGGAAGGGCAUGCUGGAGCGGAGCGUUGCCCUCAUGGAUAUGAUUCUGCAAUCCGUCGUCUACCUGGACCUCUCCGUCUCUGAAUUCGAGGACAAAGUGUUCGCUGGUGUUGAAGAAGACCCCGAACUGUCGAUUCACAUGGAGGACUUGCAUCCGGCAGAGAGACCCACCGUCCUCGCGCGACGGCUUCUCGGACUACUUGAGAGGGGGUUGCCUAACCACCGCGUUGCCAUCACCGACCUAGCCGACGAGAAUGGACGCCCGUCAAGACUUGUUAGGUAUUGGCUCCCGGCCGCCGCCCUCCUCGUCUCGUCCUCCACGAUCCUGCGCAUCCUCAUCAACAGGCAAGACGACAUCGUAAACUGGGUCCGCGACUUCGGCGCCACCGCGCGCGACUUCUGGUUCAAUUGGGUCAUUGACCCGGUCCGCAAGAUCAUCGGCACCAUCCGCCAUGACUCCAACAGCGAGAUCGCUAUCAUGAGCCGGGACAGCCUGAAGGCCGACCGCGAUAGCCUCGAAAGAAUGGUGGUUGAGUUUGCCAUGGACAACCCCGAUGUUGCCGUUGGAAACUCGUCUAUUACCGAUCUCGAGAUUAACGAUAUCCGGUCCAAGGUCAAGGCCGGGGAUGUGACGCCCGUUUUGAAGGCGUAUGAGAAGGACAUGCGACGGCCGAUUGUGGGCGCCAUCAAGGGGGAUUUGGUUCGGUCGUUGCUGAUCCAGGUGCAAAAGACCAAGGUCGACCUUGAGGUGGCUAUUAGUGGUAUCGAUGCGUUGUUGAAGAGCCAGGAGUUGGUGUUUGGUUUUGUUGGGUUGACUCCUGGUGUUCUCGUUUCGAUUGGCGUAUUCCAAUACCUCAGAACCGUCUUCGGCAGCCGCAAAGGCAUGCGCCAGGGCCGGCAGGUCAGGCGCAGCGUCCGAGUGCUGCGCAAGAUUGACCGGAUCCUGUCCGAAGCUACGACUUCGCAAAACAACAUCAUCUCGUACCGUGACCACGGACUCUUGGUGUGCGAGGUUCAUGUCCUGCGCGGGCUGGCGCAUGACGUGCUGCCUGGUGACGUCGAGAAGGAGUUCAUCGAAGACCUGGACGAACUGGCCAACCUCAAGGGCAUCCAAGUGCAGAUGAAGGCGCUAGAAAGGAUCCGAUGGGCCUACGCCGAGUGGUUGGGCGGGAUGAAAUAA